AUGAUUGGUGAUCGUAAAGAAAGUCAGAAAAUAAUUCGUGUGAAAAAUUUAAACGAAGACACGGAUAUCCCGGAGUUGGCCAAGAAAUCAUAUCCAGCUGACUUUUUACCAGAUUUGGUAAAAAUUGUUACUGAAGAAAAAUUUUGUCUAUUGGACACCCCAAGAGAUCUUUAUUCUUCUAAAAAAUCAACUUUACCGAAUCAAACGCUAAAAAUGAACACCAGAAAACAACUGAGCGGUGAAACAUUGAAUGCAAAAGACAACCGAAAUUCAUCUUCACAUAUAUUUGAAAGCCGUUUGAAGUUGGUCAAUAAUAAAACUGAUGAGAAUAUCGAUGAUGAUGACGAUGGUGACAAUACUAGCUACCUCGACGAAGACGAUGAUGAUGAAAACAGAUGCAAAUCAAAAGAUGAAGACUUCAUACUCGAAUGUCUAGGUUGCUUAGCCAACCUUGAUCUUAAAGAUAUUCAAUAUAGUAAGGUGAUCACUGAAUUCAAUUUGUUAAAAUGGAUUAAAAGCCGCUUAGACAGUGUGAAAGUUCGAAAAUCCCGUGAUUUUUUAAGCGCCACCUCAGAAAUUGCUGACAAUAUUACACAAGUUUUCUCUCAGUCAAUGUUUCCCAGUCACAUAGAAGAUGACAUAAUUUUAGAAAUUGUAAGAAUGCUUGGUGCUAUAUGUCAAGAUCCUGAUGCAGGUCGACUGGUUAUCGAAUCUGGCAUUGUGCAUAGCUUGAUCAGUUUAUUAAAUGCUAAACAAGAAGAUGAUGAAAUCGUCUUCCAGAUUAUAUUCACAUUUUUUCAAUUAAUAUUUCAUGAAUCAACAAGAAAUUUAAUGGUGAAAACAACACAGGCUAUAGCCUAUCUCGUUGAUUUGAUGCAUGAUAAAAAUGCUGAUAUUCGUAAAUUGUGUGACAUCACUUUGGAUAUCAUUUCUGAGUAUGAAUCUGAUUGGAGAGUAAGAAUUCAAACAGAGCGUUUCCGCUGGCAUAACAGCCAGUGGUUAGAAAUGAUUGGUACUGCAAAUAAUCCUGGUCUUCUUGACAAUGCAGACAACACAACGGAAGCAGCUUUAGCAGCAAUUCUUGGAGAUGAUUUAACCAAUAUCAUCGAUGAAGAUGAUAAUAAUAACCAAGGAUAUUUUGGAAUGGGUUUGGGUAUUGAUGAUGCAGCAACUUUCUUGAUGUCAUUACAAUCGAACACUGAAGGAAGUAAACGAUCAGCUGGAAGUGAACAUCUAUUAGGUGUACCUUAUGAAGACAGUGACUAUAUAAAUCAUCUGAAUAUGUUGUACCCCGAUAUGUACGGUGAUGUUGAUUUCUUAUCAAAUGAAAGAGUCAGUUCGGCUAUGACACCAGCUAGCCAGUACGAUUCAGAUUCAGAUACUACUCGAAAACGAAGUGAUUCUCAGAAUAGUUCUAAUUAUGAAAAUGAUAAACAAGAUGAUAAGAUAUUCAAGUCAGUACCCAAAUAUUUUGAAUUGCGAAGCCAAACAGUAGUAAACUGAAGAAGUGAAAAAAAGUAAUUCUGUAAAUGAAACAUUCAGUAUUUAGAUGAUAUCCUUUUAUUACGCAAAAAUAUUCGAAACUAAAAAGCUAUUCGCUUCAUUUAAAAAUGUGUGUUAUGCAACUACAAAAGUUUCAAGGAAGCAUAACGAAGCUUGUUCUUUCAUUAAUCUCAAGACCAUUCAAACAGAUUUUCUCAUGUAUAUAACUAUCCUGAAUGACACUUCAUUAUUUAUAAUAGUUUGAUGAGGUGUUCUCAUACAUUUUCUUGAUUGUUUGAUGACCAUUUGUUCCAUAUGAUCAAACACUUCUGAAGUUCUUCCAGUUAUGGUGUGCUGAUCGUUAGCAUAAAGUUUGUGAAGCUGCGUUGUGACAAUAUAGUUACACAAUGGGAAGGAUUUGUAGCGCAGGAUGAGAAUGGUGGUGGUUUGGUGUUCUCUGAGCUUUGACUUUUUUUCAUGAACGUUUCAUCACCAGGCUUGGUAACAUCUUCAGCACUAACUUCAUAGAGAAGUGAAGUAUGUUCGAAUGUGACACGAAUGACCAACACCUAUUAUAUUAAGUUAUUCAAACAUAAAUUUGAUUCGUUGCUCUAUGUAAAUAAGAAAUAGUAACGCAGUCAUGGUCGAGCAAAACUAAACAGUAGCCAAUUUUACGUGAAGCAACGUAUUGUUAUAAAACAUUUCCUUUAACAAAGAAUUUACGGUGUGAAAAAAUUCUGUACUAUCUCACCUAUUUCAUUAUUAUUUUUUAUCUUUACUGGUGAUCUGGUCUUGAAAUCCUUUUACUUUCUUUGUUAUUAUAGCUAGUUAGACACAACUUGUAAAAAAUUUCUUUUUUUCUCAAGUAUUGAUGCCCUUAAAACUUACGUGGUCACUCCUUCAAGUUAUGUUAUUUAGGAUAUCUGCACAACACUAAACUAUCAAGAAACUGGAAAAUAGGGUAACUAAUUGUUAAAAUGUUGUCCCAAAUAUCUUACUAAAUUCAUUACCAAUCUGUUAUUUGCUUUGCAAUGCCACUUGAGUUCAUUUCUGUAAGUCACUUGGCGCUGGAUGAUGGUUAUUUUUAUUCGCGUAAUCUAUUUAGAGUUUAGGUAGCUAUUUCACAGCGGUUGUUCACAUUCUCAUCACAUCUUUCACGUAUUCUCACUAUGAUAAAAUAAUCAUCACGCAUACCUUAGCAUUUCAUAGUUAAUCAAUCUCUAAAUAAUCAUAACUUCCAGCCGAUUUAAUGCGAUAAACGUCGUCUAAGAAUUCAGGGAAGUUGAUUUUACAUGUACCAGUGAAAAUAGUGGUUUGUCAUAGUUACAAGAAAUGAUUAUUCUUCGUGACGGAACACUUCGAAAAAGUUUUUUGUAACAAUAAAAUUUAAUGAAU